AUGGGGGACACAAAGCUACCCGAAGUCGACCUGGUCACCCGGAUGCAGGUCGAUGAGUCUGUCGUCGUCGGCAACGACGGCAUCGACGAGUCGCUCUACAGCCGCCAACUCUACGUACUCGGCCAUGACGCCAUGAAACGGAUGAGCGCAUCUAACGUUCUUAUCGUCGGACUCAAGGGACUCGGUGUUGAGAUCGCCAAAAACAUCGCUCUUGCUGGAGUCAAGAGUCUCACGCUCUAUGACCCUGCCCCUGUCGCGAUUGCGGACCUUUCCUCCCAAUUCUUCCUCCGGCCUGAAGACGUCGGCAAUCCUCGCGACAAGGUUACCGCUCCCCGCGUCGCUGAGCUCAACGCCUACACUCCCGUUACCAUCCACGACUCUGCGAGCCUCGCCGAGAACCUGUCACAAUUUGACAAGUUCCAAGUCGUUGUCCUGACCAACACCCCUCUCAAUAUCCAGAUUGCCGUGGGCGAUUACUGCCACGAGAAGGGCAUCUAUGUUAUUGUCGCGGACACCUUUGGCCUGUUUGGUACCCUUUUUUGCGACUUCGGCUCCAAGUUCACUGUCGUCGACUCUACCGGCGAGAACCCUCUCAAUGGCAUUGUGGCAGACAUCGACGAUGAUGGCCUUGUGUCAGCCCUCGACGAAACGCGCCAUGGCUUAGAGGAUGGUGAUUACGUGACAUUUUCCGAAGUCGAGGGUUUGGAAGCGCUCAACGGCGGCGAGCCAAGGAAGAUCACGGUCAAAGGCCCAUACACAUUCUCCAUUGGUGAUGUUAGCACAUUGGGCAAGUACAAGAGCGGAGGCCUUUACCAGCAGGUCAAGAUGCCCAAGCACAUCGACUUCCAGAGCAUCUCGGCCGCUAUCAAAACCCCGGAGUUUAUUAUGACCGACUUUGCCAAGUUUGAUCGUCCGCAGCAGCUGCACAUCGGCUUUCAGGCACUCCACGCUUUUGUUCAGACCCACAACCGCCUGCCGCGACCUUGCAAUGCCGAGGAUGCCACCGUUGUGGUCAGCUCGGCACGCAGCUUCGCCCAGCAGGAGGGAAUUGAUGUCGAGAUUGACGAGAAGCUCUUGACUGAGCUUAGCUACCAGGCGAUGGGGGAUCUCAACCCCAUCGCUGCCUUUUUCGGCGGCAUUAUCGCGCAAGAGGUGCUAAAGGCUGUUUCGGGCAAGUUCCACCCGAUUAAGCAAUGGCUGUACUUUGACUCUCUUGAGUCUCUGCCCAGCAACUUUGAGCGAUCCGAGGAGCUGUGCAAGCCGCUGGGUUCACGCUACGACGGUCAGAUUGCCGUAUUCGGUCGUCCGUUUCAGGAGAAGCUGUCCAACAUCAAGCAGUUCCUUGUCGGUGCUGGUGCCAUCGGUUGUGAGAUGCUGAAGAACUGGGCUAUGAUCGGCCUUGGUUCUGGUCCGAAGGGAAAGAUCAUUGUCACGGACAUGGACUCUAUCGAGAAGAGCAACCUCAAUCGACAGUUCUUGUUUAGGCCAAAGGACGUGGGCCAGAUGAAGAGCGACACGGCAGCCAAGGCAGUGCAGUUGAUGAACCCAGACCUGGUGGGUCACAUCGAGUGUCUUCGUGAGCGUGUGAGCCCCGAGACAGAGGAAAUUUUUGGCGAAAGCUUCUGGGAGGGCCUAGAUGGUGUAACCAACGCCCUGGACAAUGUUGAGGCACGUACCUACGUUGACCGGCGGUGCGUGCUGUUCCGCAAGCCACUUCUCGAGAGCGGCACUCUGGGGACCAAGGGCAACACACAAGUGGUGCUGCCGAACAUAACCGAAUCCUACUCGUGGUCGCAGGAUCCGCCUGAGCAGUCGUUCCCCAUGUGCACGUUGCGCAGUUUCCCGAACAAGAUCGAGCACACUAUCGCCUGGGCGCGCGAGAUGUUCGAUACCAACUUCGUCAAGACGGCCGAGACAGUCAACCUGUAUUUGACGCAGCCCAAUUACAUUGAGACAACUCUCAAGCAGUCGGGCAACGAAGUGGGCACGCUGGAGACGCUGCGCGACUAUCUCAAGACCGAUCGGGCACUCACUUUUGAGGACUGCGUCAGCUGGGCGCGUAUGCUCUUUGAAAAGCAAUACAACAAUGCCAUUCAACAGCUGCUGUACACCUUUCCCAAGGACUCCGUCUCGUCGACUGGCACACCGUUCUGGUCCGGCCCGAAGCGAGCUCCCGAUCCGAUCAGGUUUGACCCUUCCAACCCGACGCACUACACCUUUAUUGUUGCCGCCGCAAACCUACAUGCUUUCAACUACAACAUAAAUGUGCAGGGCAAGAGCAAGACCGACUACCUUUCUGCGCUGGACAACGUUAUCGUUCCCAAUUUUUCGCCCGACCCAAGUGUUAAGAUUCAGGCUGACGACAAGGACCCGGAUCCGAACGCAGGCGCAUUUGACGAUGAGACCUACCUAAAGAGGCUUGUUGAGUCACUCCCGGCGCCGAGCUCACUGGCCGGCUUCAAGCUGGCGCCUGUCGAGUUUGAGAAGGACGACGACACGAACUUUCACAUUGACUUUAUCACGGCUGCCAGCAAUCUGAGAGCGGAGAACUACAAGAUUGAGACAGCAGACCGGCACAAGACCAAAUUCAUUGCGGGUAAGAUCAUUCCGGCCAUUGCGACGACGACGGCACUUGUUACGGGACUGGUGAUCUUGGAGCUGUACAAGGUCGUGGAUGGAAAGACGGACAUUGAGCAGUACAAGAACGGAUUCAUCAACCUGGCUCUGCCGCUUUUCACCUUUAGCGAGCCAAUCAACAGCCCUAAGAUGGAGUACCAGGGCCCGGAUGGCAAGGUCAAGCUGGACAAGAUCUGGGAUCGGUUCGAGCUUCCGGAUGUAACUUUGCAGGAGCUGCUCGACGACUUCGAGAAGCGUGGCCUGACCAUCUCAAUGCUGAGCUCGGGAGUCAGCCUGCUGUACGCGUCAUUUUUUCCACCGGCCAAGCUCAAGGACCGGUACGGUAUGAAGCUGAGUAAGCUGGUAGAGACGAUCUCGAAGAAGCCGAUCCCGGAGCACCAGAAGGAGGUUAUUUUCGAGGUGGUGGCCGAAGACAUCAACGAAGAGGACGUGGAAGUACCUUACAUCAAGGUCAAGGUCCGGUAA